GCGCUUCCUCCCCUAAGGCUCGGCUGCGGGGCGAGGCGGUGGUGGUGGGGAGCUCAGGCCCGGCCAAACGAUCGCCGAGCAAAGGUUCUUCUCGAUUGCAGAAGGACUUCCUUGUCCCAGGAUUAAGAGUGCCAGGAAUACAGACAAAUUCCACCUGAAGAGAGAUUUAUAAAUAAAAUGGUUGCACAAACUCAUGGAGUGGUGAAGAAAAGGCAUUAUGAAGAUGAGAAAACUGAAGGAGAGAACCGGAAGGCUAAAAGAAAGAGAAAAGUUGAGAAAAAUGACAUUCACUCAAAUCACCAGAAAAUUAAACUUUCCAGUGAAGUAAGGGAUGUUAUUUGUGGGAACGGUGCCUUGAAUCCUGACAUUUUCUCUGGGAAUGUAAACACUCCUGAGUCAAUUCUCUUGCUUUCCAAGGUGAAGACACCCUCUUUGUCUCCACGAAUGUUUGGAGAAGGCCAAAUCAGCUGUGAGCAAUUGUGCGAAUUCCUCAAGUAUGCCGCACAGGGAAAACAUCACAAUGUUACUCAGCCCAGUUGGUGUCGUAUCUACCACCAAAGGCGUGUGGCUGGUGUCAUGGUGGUUAUUUUACAUCACGUGGAUCAGCUCCAUUUCUACCGGUACUACCUGCAGUUCAAACACCUCCGAAAGACCUUCAAACACCGUUUCUCUCUGCCUGCCAUUUCUGGUGACUUUAUCAAAAAACUUGGUGGAUUGGGCACAAGCGACGGUCAACAGCUCAGCAAGGAAGAGAGGAGUGAAGUUCCCGUAAUUCAGAAACACGCAGAAAAGGGCUGCCGUCUCUCCAGUUAUAUUUUAAGUCGCGAGGAGAUGCGCGUCUAUGAUUACCCUGUAGAAGGUUAUGGUGACCGCAGCCAUUUUGUCCAGACUCUCUGCAACGGUCCAGUUACGGAUAACAGCCCACUCUUUGGACUGGAUUGCGAAAUGUGUCUCACCGAUAAAGGGUCAGAACUCACCCAAAUUGCCGUGGUGGACACCGCCGGUCAGUGCGUUAUGAACGAGCUUGUCAAGCCGAAACGGCCAAUCAGGAAUUACCUUACCUGUUACUCCGGCAUUACGGAGAAGCUGCUACGCCCCGUGCAAACGACCCUCGCAGAAAUCCAGACCCGAUUAAGGAAUCUUCUGCCCCCGGAUGCCAUUUUAGUGGGCCAUUCCUUAGAUGCUGAUCUCCGAGCUCUAGAGAUGAUUCACCCGAACGUUAUAGACACUUCGCUUCUCUACGCCCGGAAGGGGGGGAAAAGGUUCAAGCUGAAAUUUUUAGCAGCUGCUGUUUUAGGGAAAGAAAUUCAGAACAAGGCCCAACUGGGCCACGAUCCCACCGAAGACGCCCAGUGCGCCCUUGAACUGGCCCAGUAUUUCAUUCGACAAGGACCGAGGAAAAUUGCAGAAUUGAAUCUGGAAGCCAGACUGUCCGAGCAAAUGAAGAUGGGAGAGACAGAGACCAUUGUCAGGGCGGAACAAAACGACUCCAGCCUUUCAGCCAAUUUCCGUGGAAAAACAUUGCUUCUGGGAGAACAAAAUAAGGUUCAGAAUCAGACGGCUUCCUUCAAUGAGCAAAUUCUCCAGAAAGCCCUGGAAGAGAUUCCGAAAUCUCCCGUUAACGUAAUUCAAUUGGUUUUGGAUUCGAAGCACAUCACGGCUGACCUCCAUGCAGAAACCACUUCAAAGAUGAGAACCAAGCUUUCGGACCUGCUGACCGUCUACGUAGGCCCUUUGACCAAAGACGUUUGUCUGAAGACGGUGAACAAAGCCUUUAGGAAAUGUGGCCACAUUCAGACGAUCCGGGUCAUUUCAGAAACGUUUAAGCCCCAUCUCUGUAUCCAAUAUGAAGUGUUGGAAGGUGCACAACUGGCUUUGGAAGACCUGAACGGAGCAGAAAUUGGAGGAUCUGCCAUCAAGGUUCAAAGGCCCAUCACCGAGAUGACCCUUGAUGGUGAGAUGCUAUUGCAAGAGCUGGAAAGAGAUCCCGAAAACCAAGGCAUCCUUUACUUGGCUGGAUUGAGGAAAUGCCAAGGGGAGACGGAACUGCAAGAACGGCUGGGCCCUUUGAAAGGUUUACGCUCCAUUUUUUGGCCAAGAGAUCUCCAGACCGGAAGACAGAGGGAUUACUGCUUUCUGAAAUUCCAGAGCCCGGAGUGCGUCUCCAAGGCCCUCCAAAUCCUUCAAGGGAGCCCCUUUUGGAGCCGGAGAGCCCUCACAUCGCCCACGUUUUUCCAGUGGGCCUGUCUGGUGAACGAAAAGGGCCACGGAGGGGCAGAAGUGCGAGAGAAUCAGCAGCAGCAGCAACCCUCGGAUCAGGAACUUGGUUUAAAGAAAGCCAUCAAGAAACUGGACCGGAAAGUCAAAACACUCUAUGAACGAGUUCCCGAGAAUACACUUUGCCUCGUUUUGUUAUCGGGCACCAACAGGCUCACCGGCUCUCUUAGCGGCCUCAGCCUUUUUGGAAUCAAAGGCGAAAAGAGCAUUUCCACGUCCUGCUAAAAGCUUCUAGGGCCCCCAUUUUAUUAUUUUACGGGGGUGGGUGGGUUCAUGGGUGGGGGGAAAUUCCCAUCUCGCUCAAGUAUCCUGAACGUCUCCAAGCUUUGCCAAGCAAUUAAAAAAAAAAAAGUAUUAAUUAUUUUUUUUAAGGCAUCCAAUCAUCUAAAGAAUUCGAUUCCAUUGUUAAUGCAGGAAACAUUUUUUUUUUUUAAAAAGGCUCCCUGCA